AUGCGCUUCGACAGCACGAUCACCGUAGACAUUUUUCAUAACAUCGCAUGGGUUGUCGGACUGGCGGAACGACUCGUGCAACAACUGAUUCACAUCUUGAGAACAUUGGCAGCAUCCCAGACAAACAUCAUCGUGGAAUGGGAUCAAUACAUGCCGAUGGCCAUGCAGGCCAUCAACUCACGAAAGUUACAAUCGCAUGGAUUCAGUCCCGCUCAGGUUCUUUUCGGGUUUCAACCUACGUACUUUGGCACUCCUGAGCUACAGAAGGAUAUUAUUGCCAAUGAUAUUAUCACCCAUCAAUUUGAAUCUGGACCAGUGAACUUGGAGACUCAAGUUGAUGUGGCUCAGGAACGGUUAGCCUUCACGAGAGAGAUGGUUCAACAACAAUUCUUGAUAACCAUUUUCCCGGUUAGAGAAUCAAGCAAGUUGUUUAUCUGA